CCGACCGGCGGGGAGCCGCUGUCACCUCUUUCUCCCGGCUCGGUUGUCGUUGGCCGCCGCCCCCGGAUUCCGGAGGUGAAGGCUGGGCUGGGGAACAUGGACGUGAACGUGGCGCCGCUCCGUGCCUGGGACGACUUCUUCCCCGGCUCUGACCGCUUUGCCCGCCCAGACUUCAGGGACAUCUCCAAAUGGAACAACCGCGUCGUGAGCAAUCUGCUCUAUUACCAGACCAACUACCUGGUGGUGGCUGCCAUGAUGAUUUCCGUCGUGGGGUUUCUGAGCCCCUUCAACAUGAUUCUUGGAGGAAUUGUGGUGGUGCUGGUGUUCACAGGGUUUGUGUGGGCAGCCCACAAUAAAGACAUCCUCCGCCGAAUGAAGAAGCAGUACCCCAUGACGUUCGUGAUGGCGGUCAUGUUGGCUAGCUACUUCCUCAUCUCCAUGUUUGGGGGAGUCAUGGUCUUCGUGUUUGGCAUCACUUUUCCUUUGUUGUUGAUGUUCAUCCAUGCAUCCCUGAGACUCCGGAACCUCAAAAACAAGCUGGAGAAUAAAAUGGAAGGAAUCGGUUUGAAGAGGACACCCAUGGGCAUUAUCUUGGAUGCCUUAGAACAGCAGGAAGAAAGCAUCAACAAGAUCACUGACUAUAUUAGCAAAGUAAAGGAAUAAAUGUAGUUUACCAGGCAAUAGGGCUGCAGGAGAAAUUGAGUUGCAGUCUGCCCUUACCCACACCUACUUUUCCUGUGUGUUUUGAAGUAGGAGGUGCACGUUUUACCACCCAACUAUCUAAGGCAGCACGCAUGUACAGGCCCAACUAUUAACAUCUGAUGAUAUAGAAAAAAGGCCUCAGAAACUGAAAGGAAACCAGCCUCCCCUUGUGCCUGAAGUUUCCAGUGUGUUUUUGAAAGAGAAUAAUGGAUUCUAUAGCAACCAUAUUGUUCUCCCCUGGGGGGGAAAAACGUCAUUGUAAACCAUCCGAGCAAUAUGAGUAAAUGCUGAAGUAUGAAGCUUA